UCUCUCUCAGAUUGUCUCCUGAUGAUGUGUCUUCCAUGGAGUGUGUCAAUGAGACCUUGGUGACAGAGUUUGUCUUCCUCGGCUUCUCAUCUCUGGCUGGGCUACAGCCGCUGCUCUUUGCUGUCUUCCUGCUGGUCUACCUGUUCACCCUGGGCACCAAUGCCAUCAUCGUUUCCACCAUUGUGCUGGACAGAGCCCUCCGUACCCCCAUGUACUUCUUCCUUGCUGUACUCUCCUGUUUUGAGACUUGUUAUACCUUCGUCAUUGUACCCAAGAUGCUGGUUGACCUGUUGGCCCAGAAGAAGGCCAUCUCCUUUCUGGGCUGUGCCAUCCAGAUGUUCUCCUUCCUCUUUCUAGGCUGCUCUCACUCCUUCCUGCUGGCAGCCAUGGGUUAUGAUCGCUACGUGGCCAUCUGUGACCCUCUGCGCUACACAGUGCUCAUGGGUUUCGGGGUGUGUGCAGGACUUGUGGCUGCUGCCUGUGCCUGUGGCUUUAUUGUUGCACAGAUCAUCACAUCCUUGGUAUUUCACCUGCCCUUUCACUCCUCCAACCAACUACACCACUUCUUCUGUGACAUCUCUCCUGUUCUGAAGGUAGCAUCUUACCAUACCCACUUUAGUCAGAUUGUCAUUAUCAUGCUCUGCGCAUUGGUCCUGGUUAUCCCCCUGCUGUUGAUUUUGGUAUCUUAUAUUCUCAUCAUCUCUGCCAUACUCCAAUUUCCUUCCACAUUAGGCAGGUACAAAGCUUUUUCCACCUGUGCUUCUCACCUCAUUAUUGUCAUUGUCCACUAUGGCUGUGCCUCCUUUAUCUACUUAAGGCUUAAAUCCUACUAUUCCUCAAGCCAGGAUGUUCUCAUAUCAGUAUCCUACACAAUCCUAACUCCAUUGUUCAAUCCUAUGAUUUACAGUUUGAGAAAUAAAGAGUUCAAAUUGGCUCUUCAAAGAGUUGUGGGAAGAACAAUUUGUUUAUCAUGACAUUAAUCUAGAUUCUGCAAUUUUAAGUGUGUGGGGAAAAACUUCCUGAGUAAAACUGAUCAAGCAAUGAGCAGUGUUCAAGAACAGAGAUAUUUCUCAGUUAUUUCCAAAUAUAAAAAUUAAAAAAAAAUAGUAUUUUGUCAUGGUCACAUAAAUUAUUGCCUACUGAAGUCCUUUUGAUUGACAGAAAAAUACUGGAUGGCUACUGUAGGAAAAUAUAUAUAGAAUCAGAAUUCCAUACUCUUGCAAACACUAUUACCCAAUCUCAGCCAGAUUGUAAGUGUACAAAACACUGUACAAUGUUAACUCUCUGGUUUAGCAACCCAGAAAGAUCCUUCUCUUUAUUGCCCCCUUUUCUGGCUAUUAGUAUAGUCAGAUCACAUUUUUUCUCAUUUUAUCAUUUUUUCAAAUCUUAAUUUUUUAUUCUAUUCUCCAGUAAAUAUUAACCUAUAGAUGGAAAACAUUAUUUGUAUUUAUAAAGCAGAGUGAGUAGACAAAAUCAUCAAAUAAUAUUCAGUCUUUAUAAGGAACAAACACCCCGCAAUAUCUUUGGCUUAGCUUAGGACACAAUUUUUAAAUGAGACGGCAUUUGUAAAGUUACAAUUUUUGGUGCAUAAGCGAUAGCCAAUUAAUGUUCAAAUAAGUAAAUUAUGCAAAAAGUUAACCAUUUCUAUGUUUCUAAUGUAUUGAGAGCUGUUUUUAAUUUAUUUUUUUAUGCACCAGUACAAAUCUGAAUUUAGUUAGAAUUCCUUAAAGAUAUUCACAAGGACAUUGGUUAAAGAGAAGACCUAAAAUCACACAGACUGAGCAAGAAAAGCAGGCUAAGUUUAACCAUCUCAUUAAAUAGAAAAGUCUGUGUAAAGAGUAAACACCAUCUGUCUCAUGAAGCUUGGGGAUCUUCAUGUGCACUUCAGGCCAGAUUUUGAGUUGAACAUUUUACAUAUGUUCUUACAUAAGUGAGCUCCUCAGAGAAAGCUGCCUCCUUGCUUUAUAUAUUUUUUCCAAGAUUGACUUGUAAAUAAAGGUCUUCUGACAGAAUCAUUCCAUUUCUUAUUAUUUUCUUGCACAAGAUUCCUCAUCAAUGUUAUAUGCUCUCAGAGACUGCAGGAAGAGGGUAGAAACUAGAAUGUUUUAUUCACAAGCCCUGGUUUAAUGUGGGAUGCUGAACUUGUCUGCUAAGAAUGCAAGCCUACUGCAUUUCUCUGAAGCUUGAAACUUCCUGAAGGAGGGGCCUGAAGAUCCUAGUGCAUGCCAAGUCACUUCAGUCAUGUCCAA